CUGUUCAGUCUGUAGAUAACCGCAUACGUGGUUACACGCUCAACUCUGAAAACACGAUCGCGAAUAAACGUGUUUCAAAAGACCAUCGUGCGGCUGCUCUUCAUCUCGACGACUUUCAUGCACCAUCAGCAUCGGGGAUCGCGUAUUUUUUCGAGGUGUGUGACUCGUCCUGUGUUUGUUCCUGUGCCACCGAUACGACACUGAAACGUGACUGUGUUUUCAGGAUAACGGAUCUUUCCGCCAAGGUCCACAUCUCCGGCAUCACGAACGAUCUUAUCAGUCGUCGAAGACAACAAGGAUGAGUCAGUAGAUUGAAUCGCCGUUCACGAUUUCCACAUAAACUCCACCGUUUCGUCUCCUCGAACUUUUGUCGGUUAUCGCGUUAUUUACAGCCGUUUUUGAAAACAACGCCCCAACUAUGAACUGUCCUCGAAGAGACUCCCCCAUGUGGUAAAAAAACUGCGUGUCGCGGAAUCAGGAAGAGUGCGGUAUGCCGUUUUUAUAUCGGUAGUGCAGGAUGUCACUGAGUGCUAAAAUGCUAGUGGUACUCACAGUGGGAUUGUGUUUUCUUGGCCUCUCUUCAGCAAGCUCAAAUCCAGAUGCUGGUGAAUGUCGGACGGCCUUGGGGAUGGAGGAGGGACGCAUUCCAGACCACGCCAUUUCGGCGAGUUCCUCCUACGAGGCCAAAUCUGUGGGCCCCCAGAACGCCAGGAUCAGACAAGAGAAGAACGGAGGUGCUUGGUGUCCUAAAGCCCAGAUCAGCAGCGAGGUGCGCGAGUACCUGGAGGUGGACCUGCAAAAGAACCACCUCGUGACCUGGACGGAGACCCAGGGCCGUUUCGGGAACGGCCAGGGUCAGGAAUACGCGGAAGCUUUUUUAGUAGAGUAUUGGAGAGCUUCGUUAAACCAGUGGGUCAUUUAUAAAGACUCCCGAGGAGAGAAGGUGCUAACUGGCAACAGCAACACUUAUCUGGUGGUGAGACAGCGUCUGGAGCUGCCGUUCAUCGCCAGCAAAGUCAGAUUUAUUCCGUACAGCGAGCAUCCGAGGACCGUCUGCAUGCGUGUGGAGCUGUACGGAUGCUCCUGGGAGCAAAACAUCAUGAGUUACAACGCGCCUCGGGGGGAAUCCCGGGAACCAGACGUUGAUCUGGAGGAUAUCAGCUACGAUGGGGCGCUGGAGGGCAGCCAGAUGAGGGGCGGGCUGGGGCAGCUGGUGGACGGGCUCUACGGGGACGACGACUAUCUCAAACAGCUAGAGGGAGAGAACUCAGGAAGCCGUUGGGUGGGAUGGAAUAACGACACUCGAGAGGGCGAGCCGCUCGAUAUUACUUUUGAAUUCGAUAGCAUAAGGGAAUUCAGUGCUGUUCACCUCCACGCCAACAACAUGUUCACUCGUGGGGUGCAGGUGUUUAGCCAAGCAGAGAUAUGGUUCAGCUUGGAUGGGGAUCGUUACCAGCCGAAUCCGAUAAGGGCUACAGUUCCGGCCGACCGUGCCCGGGAAUCAGCCCGGAACAUCACCGUGCAACUUCGAGGUCGACCGGCCAAGUUUAUCAGGCUGAGACUGUCUUUUGCAGACAAGUGGAUUCUGCUCAGCGAAAUUUCCUUCGAGUCAGUUUCGCUCACCAACAACCUCACCGAAGACAUCGUCGAGAAGUAUUACCUCCAGCCGGACGGCGUCUCCACCACCACCGCCCCCGGCGCCCCCAGCGGGGAGACCACCCACGCCCGCAAGGAAGUCACCCCCGCCACCAGCCCCACGAGCAGCGCUCAGGCCUACAUCGGCCUGAUAACGGGCGUUCUGGCCAUGGUGGUGCUUUUGUUAGCCUGCACCGUGUUCCUGAUGAUAAGGCGUGGACGGAAAAAAGUCGCCCUCCUUCACAAGCACACCGCUUUAGUGUCGAGCAGCACCAAGCCCGGGGUCACUAUCAACAUGAAGGAUUUGAAGCAUAUGUCCACCCCUAUCAUCAACAAUGGCCUUUCGAGGUCCAGAUUGUCCGUCAAAAGCAAAGUGAACACGAUAGGAUCGGUCGACUCCAAGAAGACGAAAAAGAGCACGCUUUAUGGACACGUGGCUGGAGAGGAGUCAGACAGCGAAAAUUCCUCAGUUUAUCACGAGCCCUACAAACUACUGCCAAAUGCCAAGCAGGAAUACGGCUGCUUGCUCAAGAAGGACGCCAUUUCGUCCAGCAAAAGUGGAGAGUAUACAGACUUCACGAGCGUGAAUAGCUUCCAAGAAGAUUUAAAAUUCACGUCGCCUUCGUUUUACAACUUGACGCCGCCACCGCCGCCGACAUCCCGCCCGCCGACUUACGACGUCCAGAAUUACCAAACGCCAACGAACACACCGAACGGAACGAUUCCUGCUGAGAACUAUUACGCCGCCACGGAUAUAAUAAAGGGUGAAAGGCGCGAGCAACAUUUCACUCCGGGCCGGUUCACCCCCAUUAAACUACCCGAAGGACCACCGCUGGAAGGGGUGGCCCACCUUCUAGACUUUCCGAGACAUAGACUACGCCUCCUCGAGAAGCUAGGAGAGGGCGACUUUGGAAUGGUGCAUUUGUGCGAAGCCGAAGGACUUCCAGACUUCAAUGGAGGCUCCUCGUUCCACAAGAAACAACUAGUCAUCGUCAAAAGUCUGUGGAGAGGCUGUGGCGACACCAAAAGGCACGAGUUCCUGAGGGAGACCAGCUGGCUAGCGGGCCUCAGAGACCCGAAUCUGGCCCGCGUGGUGGGCCUGUGCAGCCAGGACGAGCCGAUGUGCGCCCUUCUGGAGCACUCGGACCCGGGGGACCUGCCCCGCUUCCUGGCGCAGAGGGCCGUCAGCGAGGACGGCAACCAAGUUGGACCAACUAUAAGUUACGGCUGUCUCAUAUACAUGGCCACGCAGAUUGCUUCCGGAAUGAAGUACUUAGAAUCCUUAGACUUGGUCCACAGGGAUUUAGCCGCAAGGAAUUGCGUAAUAGACAAAACGUUCACGGUGAAAAUAUCCGAUCAUGCGAUGUACUGCGAUAGAUACGAAUCAGACUACUACAUUAGUGAUACGAAAGCUCGGCUUCCGAUCCGUUGGAUGUCGUGGGAAAGCUUACUCCUGGGCCGGCAAACGACAAAAAGCGACGUGUGGGCUUUUGCCGUGACUUUGUGGGAAGUGUUGAUGUUGUGCACCCAACAGCCUUACGCCGAACUGACCAGCGAGCAAGUGGUCGAGAACUGCAACCACUGGUACCAAAACGACGGCUGCCAGCGGUACCUCCCCCGGCCGGCGGCGUGCCCCCGGGAGAUCUACGACCUGAUGGGCGAGUGCUGGAAGCGGAACGCCACCGAUCGGCCCCGCUUUGCCGAAAUCCACCUCUUCCUCCAGAGGAAAAACCUGGGCUACAUGCCGGCACCCACCCAAGUGUAACGCGGACGGUUUGUGUCGCCGUGUUCGGACGGACGUCUCGAUGUUUCUUUUCCGAUUUUCAAUGUUCACAAUACAGGUAUUAUUUAAGGAGUGAUUUGUUUCUCGACAUUCCCUCAUGUACUCGGUAAAAUAAGGUUGUUCAAGCUUUUUUCAUGAAUGUGAACCCAUUGUGAUAUCGCACACUGAUUUUGUGCAAAUGAAACCAUAUCGUUCUAUCAAGUGUAGAUGACCAAGGCAGCUGCUCGGUAUGACGGUUUUUCGAAGAGAACUGAGUAGAAUCACGUCAAUGAGGGAGGGCGUUCGCGAGGAAAAUUGGGUACCGAACAGCUACUUCAAUAAUUUUUAAACCUAGACUUAAGAACCUGUUUCUUAAUUACGUGCUUCCUGUAUGUGUCGACUCACACACUUUACAUGGUAUUAUAAUUAUAUAUUAAGUGUAUUUUUCGGUUGGUUUUUGUACAAUACCAUUUUUGGAAAGUAGUUCACCUACUUCGCGGAUUCACUUACAAUGAAAUGAAAAUCCUUCAAUUACCCAUUUCGGGAUGUACUAUAUUCUAGUCAGAAAUGUGUAGGAUAAGUCUAAAUAUUAUAAAUUACGAAAACGCUGUUGUAUGGUAUGUCUUUAUUAUGUUGUGUACUUAAGAAAAAUAUAUAUUUAACUGCCGAAACACGUCAAAUUUGUGAUCCAAGAGUUAACGUAGCGCUGCUUUAUGGUUUCUGACAAACGGCUCAAGUCGAUCUAAUUUCGUUCGAUAUAUUUUUCUAUUUUGCGUUCCAAGAAGUGUGAUUAUUUUGUUAGGUAUUUGUAUUUUUAUAAGGAUCGUACUUACAUAAAUAAAAUUUUCCAGUGCCAUUGACCUUGUAAAUAAGAACCUUUGUAAAUAAAUGAUAGGAUGAAUGAUUCAUAUUGUACCAAGGAUGUAUACAGGCAUGGAUAUUUUAGAUAUAAAUCUUAAACUUAAGCAUAGUUAGGUUUAAGUAUGAUAACGUAUUUUCUAUAAACACGAUCUUGUUGGAGAAACCAAUAAUUAAGUAUACCUACUUCUAAAUUCCAUUCGACAAGUGAAAAUUAUUUUGGUUAGCAUGUGUGUAUUGUUAUUAAAAAGUACAAUUUACAAUUUUAUAAUUUCAAACACAUGCAAAUCAUCUUAAUUUAAUUUAAAGGCACGAGACAAUCAAGUGCGUGAAUUUAAGUCAUGCUUAGAAGCAUAGCACGUUAGUAUUUAGCGCCUUUAAACCCGGCAUUCGAUUUUUCAAUGUGUUGCACAGUUCAGCUUGUAUCAAUCAACAUCUUCUAGGACCACGUUUCUUAUUCAAGUAAUAAAUCGUUUCCAUUACAAAAAGUUUCGACAAAUUUCUAUUGUGUAAUCACACCCUGUUCGUAACACAUAAGCAACGCUCUUUAUGUCGACGUUUUUAUAUAGAUGUUUAAUUCAUACAUAUCACAGAUAAAUUAUUUCCAUUUUCAUUAGCAUGUGUCGAUCGUAAAUGUGUUUCUGUAAAUACAUGAGAUAAUGUUUAUUUAUUACAGUUAGAAAUAAAUAAAAAAGACACAUGACGACUA